CUAUGACAUACAUACUAACUCAAUCCAAAUAUACGACCAUUCGUGAUGAGUGAGGACCAUACGCCUGAUCCUCCUGCAGAAGUCAACAAAUGCAGCCAAGUAAAUGUUGGCCAAAGCCAGUUGAAGGAUUAGCGCUUCACGUCAACCGUGACGUGUUGGUUACUAUGCUUCGAGGGAUCUUUCCGAAGGAUCUGAGACUACUCGUGAUGAGUGAAGACCAUACGCCCGACCCCCCUGCAGAAAUCAACAGACGCAGCCAAGCAAAUAUUGGUCAAAGCCAGAGCGCCGAACCUCUUAGAGGAGUCUGUCAGUCCCUGCAGAAAUUGAAAAAUGGGUUAACAAAAAAACUUCCUAAACCCUUCAAGCGAAAACGAAACCGCGCCAUUGUGGUCCAGAACAUUGAACUUCAAAGUGCUCCAGCACCCGCUGUACAGAUUCAAGCCGCUCCUUCUGGCGCGGAGGAAGGUCCUGAUCCCAAACUAGUUGAUGCUGAACUUCAGGGUGCCCGUGAGGGUACAGAAAGCAUGAGGCUACUCGGGGGACAUGUGACUUCUGAGGCGUUCGCAGCCAGCAAUACCUCGGCAGGUCUCACCACCAUGGAUGACUUCGAGACGACAUAUCUUCAACCCCUAAAGAUUAUCGACGCUGUCCUUGAGAAGAUUACGGAUGU